CUCUGCAGGGCAACACCCCGGCGUCCCUAGAAGCGGGGAGCUGGGGUGGUAAGGAAGCUACGCAGAGGCGGGAGCCCUCGCCCAGAGUUUCCCACGGUUGGGGACAGGUGGGUGGGGGGUCUCUGGGAUCUAGGCAUUCAAGCCCAGACCAAUCAUGGCCGGAAGACCCAUCCGUAUAGGAGACCAGCUGGUUCUAGAGGAAGAUUAUGAUGAGAAUUACAUCCCCAGUGAGCAAGAAGUUCUUCAAUUUGCCAGAGAGAUUGGAAUUGAUCCCGUCAAGGAACCAGAACUGAUGUGGCUUGCGCGGGAGGGCAUUGUGGCCUCCCUGCCUGAGGAGUGGAAACCGUGCCAGGACAUCACAGGUGAGGUUUACUAUUUCAACUUUGCCAACGGGCAGUCCAUGUGGGACCACCCAUGUGAUGAACACUAUCGGAACUUGGUGAUCCAAGAGCGAGGGAAGCUGUCAACUUCUGGGGCCAUUAAGAAGAAAGACAAGAAAAAGAAGAAGGAAAAGAAAGACAAGAAGGACAAAGAGACCUCCAAAAAUCCUCUGGAAACACAGCCUGAGCAGGGACUUCUGCCUUCUUCUUCCUUUCUCCACGGUCCAUCCACUCUCACAGCACCUGGGCUUACUGAUUUGAACCUAGACCAAGAGACGCAGGCUAGAAGUGAGGGCUCCUUUAAGAAAGGGAAGAGCCCAUGCAUGCUGGGUGACACCCCUUGGCCUCUCAAGGACACCCGGCCUGGCAGGCUACAACCACUCUCCAAAAGCCAAGCUUCCCGAACCCAACAAAUCUUUGCCGAUGAGGAGAAAAUCUUAGGUAGGGUCCCAGCCCGAUGCAGGACAGAAUUAGGUGAUCAGCAAGGUCUGGAGAAACUCCAGAAGUCGACAAAGAAAAUCUACCUGGGGUUUACAGACCCUGAAAUAGAAAAGCUGGAAAUAAGGACAAGGCAGCAGAAACCCAGCCCUCUGGGCCCUGAGAACAAUGGGCUCCACCAGAGUGGGCAGGAUGAGUUAGGAAGCAGGGGCCAGGCCUCUGUCCACUCAGAGCGUUCUGAAACCAUCAAGGGCCCACAGCUGAAAGGGGGGCAGCACAGCCACAACGUGGCUAAGCUGAGCGCCACUGGUCCUGCGGGGGACAAGGUCCAGAGCCCCAUUCCCUCACCACCCUCUGCGAAGGCCCCCUCCCUGUCCCCUUGUUCAUCUGACCAUAUGCUGCCUGCCAGGAAGAACAAGCUGUUGUUAGAUAGCAGUCCAGCUGAAGACCUGAUCUGGCAGGGUGUUUCUGAGGAAGGUGGAAGUGUGGGCCAGGGAAGGAGGAAGAGAGAGCCUCCUGGACUGUGGAUGGGGCAGGUCUCCAGGCUUGUCAAUAAGGACACCCCUGAGGGCUGCGAGGAAACAGAGCCUAAUGACCCUGAGGCUCUAGGAGCCUCAGCUGAAGAUGUACCUGAGGGCCACUUCCUAAUACCACCUGAUACCCUGGCAUCAGAACCAGCCCCUUUAGGAAGUGUCCCUGGGGCAUCUCCUACCAGUGAGAAGAGACAAUCCCUAGAGCCUGCAGAGUCCCCCGAAGAAGACAGGAAGCCUCGUGGGUCUAGGCCUCACUUGGAGAGCAACAGCAGCAGCUCUCUGGCCUCUCAUGUUGGCUCUCAGAUACUGAAUGAGGUGAAUAACUUUCCAUGGGACCUGCAGAGCUCUCAGGGAUCUGAGCAGGGCAUGAGUCAGUCUGGCCCUGGGCCCAGAGAUCUAUACUUCAGCCCCUUCCUAGUGUCCCAGUUGUCCAACCUGCAGAAGUCUUCUGAUGAUGAGCAGUCACAGAGUGAAGACUACUUUGAGGAUCGGAGGUUCUACCAGCACAUCCUCCAGAUGGGCAAGAUCUCCAGCCGGCUGGAGGACCUGGAGCUGGCCGAGAGCAUGCAGGAAGUGUCAUGCAAAGACUUUGCCAGUAUGGUCUGUCGUAUGGCACCUGAGUCUGCCAGGCUGUCUAGUGAGGGCGAGCACGAGGCCAUCAGGGACUCAAGGUUUCUGGCGUGGGGGUCAGAGCUGCUGGAGCACCCUCAGGAGGCGGCCCUCACCCCCACUGGGCAGGAGGCCUCUCACCAAGCCCUUUUCCAGCCAAGCAGCAACCCCCACAGGCAGGGGCUAGUCGAGCUGAGUGCCAACAGCAGGCUUGCUCCAGAGCCAGGCCAGAUGCAGCUUCUCGACCAGGCCCUGGGCCCCUUGUUAGCCCCAGUCCACGUUCCUCUUGGGGGCCUAGCUCCCUUACGGGCCCUUGUGGAUGCCCCGCCGUCUGCUCUUCGUGGAUCUCAAAGUGUGAGCCUGGGGAACUCAGUGGAGUCCGGUCAGCUUGGAGAACUCAUGCUGGAGCCUUCACAGGGUCUCAAGACUUCUGCUUAUACAAAGGGUCUCUUGGACUCUGUCCAUGAGGACAAGAAUGCUCUCAGCCUCUUGGCUUUAGGGGAGGAGAUCAACAAGGAGGACGAGGCAGAGAGUGACAGCCAGAGUGUCUGCAGCUCAAGUGAGCCCCUUAAGAACCUGCACCUGGACGUUGGAGCACUGGGGGGCGACUUUGAGGAUGAGGAGUCUCCAAGAACAAGCAAGCCAGAGGGGAAGGACAUCUCUCUUGAUUCAGAUGUUGCCCGCCCCGCUACUCCCGGCAAGCUCCUCAGUCAAGGUGCAGACAGCAGCCUGAGCAGUGCCCAUGGCACAGGGCAACAGGGAAGAGGGGCCAGUGCCCAGCUCCCAGGAAGAGAAAAGAAUGACAAGAGUGAUUCUGUGAUGUCCAGAAGUCUGCUGGACCCUGGGGACGAUCAGCCUGCUAAAGCCAAUAAAAAAGAUGCACCAGAGGACCCAGUGGCUACAGGAGAGGAGGGUUCCAGGAAGGAAGAGGCAGCAAAGGAGCCAAGGAAGGAGGCUUCUGUCCUGGAAGACAGCAGAUCAGACGCCAGUGAAGAGUCGGAGACUAGUGAACACAUGAAGGAACUACAGUUCUCAGACUCCGUUGCUUCUGACCCCAAGUCCUUCCUUGGCCUGGCCCAGAAGUUGGUAAGAGAAGACAAGGAUGCCAGCCAGUCUAACCCAGAUGAGCUGCAGAGCAAACAGUCCAAAGGCUCAGAGAGGUUAUCACCUCCACUUCUGUAUGGGGAGCAGCUCAACAGUCCCCUUCACAGCCAGGCCACUGAAGAAGCGCCUCUGCAGGCCCCUGAGGGGCAGCCUGAGUGGAAGGGGACAGAGGAGCCUGGGGAGGACUCUACAGCCAGCCCCCUCCUGCCUGUUUCCCUGCAGAGGAAGGAGAUCCCAAGCCCACCUGUCACCUACAGGAGGGGCAAGGAUCAGCAACCCCAGGCUGAGGAGCUGGGCACGGGGCAGGCAGAGGCCAAGGAGCCGGAAGAGGAGGCAGUCCGCCCCACCCUGCCAGUCCCUCCGGAGGUAGAGACGAGAGCAUGCUACGCCACGCAGGGCCAUGUGGAGAAGGACCAGGGCUGCUCAGGGGGCAGAAGAGGCGAGAAGCGAGAGUACGACCCCGAGCAUUUCUUGUGGUUUUCGUGGGAAGGGAUGGGCGAGGCAGGGCGAUCUCCAGAGCUUGCGGCUCCCCCAGAGCAGCUCUCAGAGGCGGCCCUGAAGGCCACGGAAGAGGCAGUGGCCCAAGAACUCAGGCAAGACCAGAGGCGGCUCCUGGAAUUGAAGCGAGAGAAGAUGCGGCAGCUACGGGAGAAGCUGCGGCAGGAGGAGGAGGAGGAGGAGACCGUCCAGCUUCACCAGCAGAAAGAGAAGUCUCUCAGUUCUCUGAAGGAGCAGCUGCAGAAAGCCGCUGAGGAGGAGGGGAUUCAGCUGAGAGAGGAGGAAAGCUGGAGGCUGUCCCGACUCCGGGCCCAGGUCCGGUCCAGUGCAGAAGCAGAUGCGAAUCAGAUCAGGGUCACGCAACAGGCUUCUCUGCAAAGGCUGAGCGAGGAGUUUGAGUCUCUGCAGAAGGCUGAGAGGGCGAACUUGGAGCAGAAAAACAGGCAAAUGCUGGGGCAGCUCAAGGAAGAGAUGGAGGCUUUGGUGAAGAGAGAGCAAGCUGCCCUGAACGCUGAGAAGGAGAAGGCUUUGCAGCAGCUGAGGUUGCAGCUAGAAAGGGAGAGGAAAGAAGCGGAGGCAGCGCUGGAGAGUAAGCACAGUGCUGAGCUGCACCGGCUCUCUUCCUCACUGCAGGCCAAGCACAGAGAGGUGGUCUCCAGCCUCCAGAGGAAGAUAGAGGAAGCUCAACAGAAAGAGGAGGCGCAGCUCCAGGAGAGCCUGGGGUUGGCGGACCACAGAGCUCAGCAGAAAGUUCAGCAAAUGCUGUUGUAUGAGCGAGAGCUCAGUGGUCUCCUGAGAGAGAAGCGGCAGGAGGUGGAAAGGGAACACGAGAGGAAGAUGGACAAGAUGAAGAAGGGGCACCAGCAAGUGGUGGCUGACGCCAGAGAGCAGUACGAAGCUGAGGAGAGGAAGCAGCGGGCUGAACUUUUGGGGCUGAGAGAAGAGCUGGAGCGCCUGCAAAGGGCCCAUAAGCGAGAACUGGAGACCGUGAGGCAGGAGCAGGACAGGAAGCUGGAGGAGUUGUGGCGUCGAUUCCGGGAGCAGGAAAAGAAAUUCCAAGAUUUAGAGGUGGAGCUUGAAACCAGAACCAAAGAUGUGAAGGCCAGAUUGGCUCAGCUGGACAUUCAGAAGGAGAAGCAGCAGCUCCUUGACGUGCAGAGGCAGGUUGCACUGGAGAGAGAGGAAGCCACAGCCACCCAUCGGUCCCUGGAAGAGGCAAAGAAGGAGCACACCCACUUGUUGGAAUCAAACCAGCAGCUCCGAAGAAUUCUCAGUGAGCUUCGUGCCCACAAGUUGGAGCUGGAGUCCCAGGUGGAUCUGCUGCAGACCCAGACUCAGAGGCUGGAGAAACAUAUCAGAGGCCUGGAGGCGGACGCUCAGCGGAAGCAGGACACACUGAAAGAGCUGGAAGUUGAGGAGAGCCAUGCUUCCUCACAUUUUGAGUCAGAUCUCCACAUUGAGGAACUGAGGAAAUCCCUUGUGAUAAGCCAGACCAAAAAGGUACCCUCUUCUCUCUCCCAGAACAAGGAGGAGGCUGACUUGUCCGUGGACAGCCUCCUGGGCAUGUCCUCCCACAGCCUCCAGCACUACUUCUCUGCCGAAGGGAUAGCUCUCCGCAGCGCCAAGGAGUUCCUGGUGCAGCAGACUCACUCCAUGCAGAGGCGGCAGACAGCUCUGAAAGCUGCCCAGCGGCACUUGCGCCACGAGCUGGCCAGUGCUCAGGAGGCGCCCAAAGACUUGCCCGGCACCAAGGCCCUGGAGGAUGUGCGCAAGGACCUGGAGGAGGAGACCAGGCACCUGGAUGAGAUGAAGUCGGCCAUGCGGAAAGGCCAUGACCUGCUGAAGAUGAAAGAGGAGAAGCUGAAUCAGCUGGAGUCCUCCCUUCGGGAAGAGGCCUCGGAUACUGACACUCUGAGAGGAGCCCCCCUCAAGAAAGUGGUGACUUUUGACCUCAGCGACAUGGAAGACAUGAGCAGCGAAAGUUCCGAAUCCUGCCCCCUGCCUCACAUCAGCCCAACCGCAAGUUCCACCUUCCCCAACAAGAUCCACUACAUGAGCAGCUCCCUAAAGAAGAUCAACAGCCAGAUAAAUGGUGUCGUCGACAUGUUGGGCAGCCUCAGCCCUCAGCCGUCAUCCCCACUCGUCGCGUGCACCUCAGCACAGAACUCUCCCUGGUCCUCUAGGAGCACCCCCGUUCCCAUCUCCCCCUCCCGGGCCCAGGUCUCAGCCUCAUCGCCUGCUCCACACAUGUCCACCCAGUGGGCCUGGGACCCGGGGCUGGGCCCCAGGCUCUCCUCCUCUGUGACUCAAACAGUAGACGACUUUCUGGUGAAGAAGUGGCGCAAGUAUUUUCCAACUGGAGUCCCUCUCCUCAGCAGCAGCCCUGCCCCCUUGGAGAACAAGCUGGGUUAUGUGUCUGCCAGGGAGCAGCUCCACCUUCUGCAGCGUCCCCAGUCCCACAUCCCUGAGGUGGGUAGCAUCAACUUUCAGAGCAUGAUCGAGGCUAACCGGAAGUGGCUGGAACAUUACAGGAACCACCUCAAGUUACACCUCUUCUCAGUGCCUGAGCCAACAGCCACCGCUGGCCUCCUGCAGCUGGGCCUGGAUGACAACAACACACUAAAUGUGCAUCACUGAGGCCCUGAGCGGUGGCGUUUGGGGCCCCUGGCCUCUCCUGUACCCAGACCAAGUGCCUGAGGAGGGGCCUGCACUUUAUUUCCUCUGAUAAAGCAUUCUCCUGUCCCCUCUUUGCUGCUUGCCCCGCUCAAAACUUGGAGGAACCACGGUGGGGUGGGGACAGCUAGCUGAAAAGGAUGGUACAACGGAAAGCAGUAAGCCACCUCCAGUGACCACAUAAUGGACCUCAGGCUGAAAUGUGUGGUCUGCUGUGAGCUCCUGCAUGGACAUGGCAGCACUGAUGAUGUGGGGCUUCGGGGACAUGGGUACCGUCAGGGGGAAGAGGUGGUAUUGGAGGAGCUGCUGUCAAAGGCCUAGGGACUCCCUUUGGAGCCAAGUUGGUCCCUUGGACCUGCCCGGUUACUUCACUGGAACAAGGCCCCCAGCACGUCUAUACCCGGGGACCAGGCUCUGUCUCUCCAAUACCUCAGUCUCGUAGAGAUCAGACCCCUUUCUUUUUUUAAUGUCCCCUUUUUUGAGCCCGCUGUUUCUCCUUUGACUGUCUCAGGAUUGGGCCCAGAGCCCUGCCAGUGGUUGCUGGAGGCUGGGCCCCAGACGUUUUGCAGCCUGCCUUCCCUCUGUUGGCAUUGUACUGCCCGCAGGGGCGUUCCCUUCUCUUUGCCUGGCCCACCCCCCACCCCCUAGCUAGCUUCUCAGGUCUCAAGCACACAACUUUCAGGAAGACAAGCCACAGAAAAAGUCGAGGAUGGCUUCUGGUCCUCACCUCGCUUCUCUCCGCCUUGGGUAUAUUCAUGGGUACUUGUUUCCAUCUCUAUUUUCUACCUGUGCCACCCCCUGCUGCCCCUUCUCAGAGCUUGGAGACUUGUUCUGAAGGAGGUGAGGGGCUUGGCCAGUGCCUGGUCUUGGCAGUGGGAUCUUGUGCCAGUUGGAGCUGCUGCCAUUCUGGCCCAGUCCCACCUCUCAGCACUGGGCUCCCUGGGGUUUACAAGGGGUGUUUUCUGACAUCUCAUUGUUUAAAUAAAAUGUUCCCCUUUUUUCGCCUUGAAA